ACGACGGCGAGCGGCUGAGCGGGGUCGGUGCGGGCGGCGCAUGUGGCGCGGGUGAGUGAGGACAGCCAUGGCGGAGCCUGGAGGUGGCGCCGCGCCGGAGGGGUCCGCGGCUCUGCUGCUCCUGGAGGCAGGUGGAGAUGGGGAUGCGGAGGAGCUCGUGGAAGUGGUGGACCUGGAGGCGCCUGGACCCGAUGAUCUGGCCAGUGAGAUGGAAGAUGUGGAUUUAGAAGAAGAAGAGGUUGCUUGGGAGACGGAGGAGGAAGAUGAGGGGGUGGAGGAAGGCAUGGAGGUGCAAGAUGAUAGUGAGGUCACAUUUUCAAAGCACACAGCGUCUGUUUUCUGUGUCAGCAUUGAUCCCAAGACCAACACGUUGGCAGUGACAGGCGGAGAAGAUGACAAGGCCUACGUGUGGCACCUCAGUGAUGGCGAGCUCCUCUUUGAAUGCUCAGGUCACAAAGACUCCGUCACUUGUGCGGGUUUCAGCCAUGACUCCACCUUCGUGGCCACAGGUGACAUGAGUGGGCUGAUCAAAGUAUGGCGGGUGGAUACCAAAGAGGAGAUCUGGUCUUUUGAAGUGGGUGACUUGGAGUGGAUGGAGUGGCAUCCUCAGGCCCACAUCCUCCUAGCUGGCACAGCUGAUGGCAACUCUUGGAUGUGGAAGAUCCCUGGCGGAGACUGCAAGACAUUUCAAGGGCCAAACUGUCCAGCCACUUGUGGGCAUGUCCUCCCUGACGGGAAGAGAGCUGUGGUUGGUUACGAAGAUGGGACUGUGCGCUUCUGGGAUCUGAAGCAAGGCAGCUCGCUGCAUGUCUUAAAAGGUCAAGAUGGGCACCAGGGCCCUUUGACUUGUGUGGCCAGCAAUAAGGAUGGCAGCCUCGUCCUGAUGGGCUCUGUCGACUGCCAUGCCAAGUUAGUGAACUCUGCGACUGGCAAGGUUGUCUUUGUGUUCAGAGCAGAGAGCGUUGUCCCCAAGCCUUCAGCAAGUGAAUCUGAGGAAGCUGAAUCCAACUCAGUUGAGUCCCUGGGCUUCUGCAACGUAAUGCCAUUGGCAGCUGUUGGCUACUUGGAUGGGACCUUGGCUAUUUAUGACCUCACCACUCAGACCCUGAGGCACAAGUGUCAACAUGAGUCAGGGAUUGUGCAGCUCCUGUGGGAAGAGAACUCUCCUGUGGUCUACACCUGCAGCCUGGAUGGUGCCGUGUAUCUCUGGGACGCGCGUUCCGGCAAGCUGAUCAGCGAGUAUCGUGGCCACUCCGCUGAAAUUCUGGACUUUGCUUUGAACAAAGACGCUUCCAUUGUGGUCACCACUUCUGGGGAUCACCAAGCCAAGGUGUUUUGUGUACAGCGCCCCGACCGCUAACAGUGCCUCAGUCGGGCCACGGUUGGCACUGUGAAGGAACAGGCCUGUGUGGAUGCUGGCAGCUACACCCCUGGGGCUGUGGUGGGGUGGGCGGGUUGGUUCUUUUGAGAAGAAAGCUUUGCCACCCUGUUCCCUGAUGGUUCCAGGCCCUUCUGGGAUUUUGUACUUCUUAAAAUAUAUAAGUUAUUCUGCAGGCCUGGAGCGUUGUGCAGCCACAAAGCACCAAGGGCACAUGAUGUCUGAUAUAGGGCCGGAUCACUUAGCUCCAUUCAAUGGGACAGUUGUGGGGAAGGUGUGUGGCCACGCCAAAUAGACAGACACACACAAAUCUUUUCCGGGUUCAGCUCCGUGUGUUUAACAGGACUCAGAGUCCUGGUAACUGGAGGGAUUGCCUCCCAUGCUUCAACUCAUACACUGUGUCUGGUAGAUGGCUUUGCAGCCACUGAAAUUGGGGGGGGGGGAUGUCCUCCCCUUGUUAAAAAAAACCCUUUGCCUUGAGCAUUGGUACCUGAAAAUCAUGUGAUGGGGAGGAAAAGAUCCCAUUUGUGCCCAGGUCGUGGUGUAUUAUCCUAGGAAAAUUGGUUAAGGGUGGUUGAAUACAUCAGCCAGGGUUGGGCAUUAGAUCAGCCCCCCCCCCCC